AUGGUUUUAAUAGAUGACGAAUAUAUAAAAGAAAACAGAAAAAUAACUGCUUAUUUGUUAGCUGCUUUUCGUUAUGGUCUAGAGGCCUCAAAUCUGCGACCGCUGACGAGGCUACAGGAGAGACUGCAAAAGAAGUUAGGCGCAAAUGCAUAUCCGUUUUGGUUUCAGAUUCCGGCGCACUCAGCCUCCAGCGUCACGUUACAGCCAGCUCAGGGCGAUACCGGAAAGCCGUGUGGUGUGGACUUCGAACUCAAAACAGUUGUGGGAUGUCUUGAUGGGACCAGUGCCGAAAAACCGAAGAAACAGUAAGC